AUGGUUGGCGGGCCGCUGGUCCAGCUCAGACCGGUUGGCAGGAGCAACAGCGGCGAAAGCGGCAGCCGGGACAGGCGCAGUCCCAUGCACGACGCCCUCCACCCGAAAUUCCAUCCGCUCUUGGAAGAGAUAAUGGCCCCGCCUCUGAUUCCGCCACCUCCACCCAUUUUCACCUACCACGAACAGCAGCCGCCGGUCAUCAUUCCCAACAGCAUCCAGCCCAAUCCGCCGGUGCCUCGGCACAGCAGCACUCCGCCGUGCAGCAACGGCCGCGUCCACCACCACCAGCAACAACAACAACAACAGCAGCAAGCGCCACCCUUGUUUCAGCAGCAACAGCAACUGCAGAAUCUCAGUCCCAUCCGGAGUUGUUCAGAAACGGAAAGCGGAUCAUCUCUGGGCAUAGGUCUCUCCAUGCAGGGUCUCUCGUCAGGAAGUUGA